UGUUGCGUGGGGCGGAGGAGCAGGGCAGGCAGCCUCUCUGGUAUGUGUCGUCACUAAGAGAAGCUACUGAGAUGAGCUCCGUGUGAAACUAACUUUAACUGGUCAGGUUCAACCCUUUCCAAUAUGGACGAAAAGAAGAAGAAGAACAUGCUGGAGAACUGGCGCAUCAGAGCCAAAUUCCCCAACCUGAAGAAGAUCGGCAAGAAGAACAAUCCAAAACCUCCUAAGAAGCUAACAUACCGCCGCAGCAUCUCUGUACCUGACCUCCGCAUGGUCAAGUUCCUGGGAGACGAUCCUCAUGAUGCAACCACAUUUGAGAUCUCCCCGUCCCCCGCGCCCAGUGACUCCGAUUCACUCUCCAGCAACACCGCCCACGACGGUCCGCUCUACAUGGACGCAGUUCAUGAACCCCGCAUGCGAGAUUUUGCCGAAGCUAAACCGCUAGCUUCCAAUCGCAUUAGCGCGCCGGCGAUGGCUACCUUCGAGGACAUGAGCGAGCUUCACAAUCUACCCAGAGACCGGAAAAGUAGUGUCUCAGAUGAACCUCUUUACACUCAAGUUGUCAAAAACAGAGCAAAUCCACAGAAAUCGUUAGAACCUGUACCUGCUCCUAGAACUAUUUUUAAGAACGCACAGCAUUCCAGUGAUAAAGUUCGAAGCGAUGUGGAUAUGGAUGAACUUGGGCCGCUUGCAGCAUAUAUAGCCCGUGCUCAUUCCAUGGGGGAACAGACAAGAGAGAAGUUUGAGAAGAAAGCAAUAUCUGAAAAAGGUACUCCAUUGUUGCUUAAAAGGCAGUGUCCGAGCGGUUUGGGUUUGGACAUCUUGACGCCGCCGGUGGAGACGGAUGGGACUUCGUUGGACUCUGCCUGUGAGACGCCCAGUGACGAGAAGAUGCCUUGGAACACCACCGACUCAGAGGAGCAGGAGAUGUUUACUCCUAUAGAGAUGUGUGAGUUAGGCCUGGAUGAAGAGGAGACGCUGUUAAGAUCCCCGCACCAGGACAACGUGGAGGAGGUAACGGAGCUGUCCAAUGAACAGUUUGAUUUCAGUGAAGACAACAUGCCCGAACUGCCAGAAAUGUCUACAUCUGCAGAGCCCUACACCCCUGCUCCCUUCCAGAGGUACCUCCUGAACAUCAACCUCAAACAAGGCCGCAACCUGGUGAUCCGGGACAAGCGCUCAGGUACAAGCGAUCCUUAUGUGAAGUUUAAACUGGAGGGAAAGCAGUUCUACAAAAGUAAAGUGGUCUACAAGAACCUGAACCCACGCUGGAACGAAUCCUUCUCCCAUCCUCUAAGAGAGAGGGAGCACCUAGUAGAAGUCCGGGUGUAUGACAAAAACCGCACUUCUGAUGACUUCAUGGGCUCCAGCUCUAUUGACUUGAAAAACCUGGAAUUAUACAGAAACUAUGAGAUGGAGCUCCCUUUGGAUGAUCCCAAAAGUAAAGAAGACGAUAUGGGCGUGAUCAUUGUAGAUGUGUGUUUAAUGUUUCGAGACGCCACCAUCAAAAGGAGUCCGCGCUGGCCACAAAAGAAGAACAAGAACCACAUGGUACAAGCACAACGGCCCGUGGAGGGGACCAAGAGUCAGUCUCGUAAUCGCAUGUGGACGGGGGUACUGGGGGUCACGCUGGUGGAGGGACAGGACCUGCCUCAGAGCGGAGUGGGAGAUGUCUACGUACGCUUCAGACUGGGAGAGCAGAAGUACAAGAGCAACAACCUGUGCAUCCAGCCCAACCCCCAGUGGAGAGAGCAGUUUGACCUGAACCAGUUUGAGGACUGUCAGGAGCCGCUGCAGGUGGAGGUUUGCUCCAAAAGGGGCCGGAAAGGAGAGGAGUCCUGGGGCACGAUAGACGUGGAUUUGUCCAGACUGCCCCUAAACGAGGCCCAGCUCUACACUAACGUCCUGGACCCGGGGAAGGGCCGCCUGGUGUUCCUGGUGACCCUGAGGCCCGUGUGGGGAGUGUCCAUCACAGACAUGGAGACCGCCCCUCUGGAGAAGCCCGAGGAGAGGGAGAGCAUUGAGGACAGAUUUAGUUUAAAGAACACUCACAAGUGCAUGAUCGAGGUGGGCUUCCUCCAGGUGAAGGUGGUCAGAGCCAAUGACCUGGCCUCCUCAGACAUAAACGGUAAAAUUAACCCGUUCUGUGUGGUGGAGGUGGGCAAUAGCAGGCUACAGACUCACACAAUGUACAAGACAUCCAACCCUGAGUGGAACAAAGCUCUGUCCUUCCCCAUCAAAGACAUCCAUGAGGUGAUCGAGGUCACCGUGAUGGACGAGAACGGAGACAACUUUUUGGGCAAAGUGGCUGUGCCUCUACUCACAAUAAAGAAUGGUCAACAGAUGUGCCUGUGUUUAAAGAAAGAAGACCUGAGCAGGACAUACAAAGGGACGAUUACAUUAGAAAUAGAUGUCAUUUAUAACAAUGUCCGCGCUGGAAUCAAAACCUUCAAACCCAAAGAGACCAAAUUAACCGAAGAAACCCCCAAGUUCAAUAAAAAGGUACUAUCCCAGAACAUCUACCGCGUGAAGAGGAUUAGCACGGCCGUCCUGUACACGCUGCAGUACAUAAACAGCUGUUUCCAGUGGGAGAGCACACAGCGCAGCCUCAUAGCCUUCCUGAUCUUCCUGGUGACCGUGUGGCACUGGGAGCUCUUCAUGCUGCCCCUCUUCCUCUUCGUCCUCAUCGGGUGGAACUACUUUCAGCUGAGCGCCGGGAAACUCACCUCCCACCAGGACCUGGUGAACAUCGGCAUGGCGGAGGAGGACGAAGACGACGAGAAGGAUGCUGCCCGGAAAGGUUUGAUGGAUAAGAUACAUAUGGUGCAAGAAGUUGUGCUGGCGGUCCAAAAUGUCCUGGAGGAGAUCGCAAACAUCGGAGAAAGAGUCAAAAAUAUAUUUAACUGGUCCGUGCCAUUCGUGUCGUGCCUGGCCUGUCUGGUGCUGUUUGUGGCCACCACUCUGCUCUACUUCUUCUCCCUCAGAUACCUGGUGCUCAUCUGGGGCGUUAACAAAUUUACCAAGAAGCUGCGCAACCCAUAUACUAUUGACAAUAAUGAAAUACUGGAUUUCCUCAAGAGGGUGCCUUCUGAUGUUCAAAAGGUGCAGUACAGCAGUCAGCGGGCGCCUGCGGGAGGGAGCCAGCCACAGAGGAGGAAGAAGUGAGGGGCUCCCCACACCAGCGCUCCCCUCUGCCCCCACGUCUGCCCCUCUCUCUUUACCUGCCCCUGU